UGUUCCUGCAGGGUGGUGGGUGACAGUGGCCAGUUGACUGCGACUGGGGUUGGGUGGUGGGAAACCUGAAGAAAAGGUUCUUACCGGUCGCUGCCUCAGGGAGGUAGUGCGGUAGAAUUUUCCGCCAUGUGUCAUUCUCGGUGUCCGCGAGGAAGGGCGUGACAACGACGGGCGUGACGGCGACGCAACAGUGUCUCGAGAGCGCUGCCGCCCGAAGGGCGCCAGGAGAAGCGCGUCCGAGACGCCGCGCGGUGAUGCUGCCGGAAAACGUCUGCCCGGCCUAGCGGGAACCCAGCAUGAUUUUCAGGGGAAAUCUAAGUUAAUUUCAAGGCAUUCGAAAUGGGGAAAGACUAUUAUUGCAUUUUGGGAAUUGAGAAAGGAGCUUCAGAUGAAGAUAUUAAAAAGGCUUACCGAAAACAAGCCCUCAAAUUUCAUCCGGACAAGAACAAAUCUCCUCAGGCAGAGGAAAAAUUUAAAGAGGUCGCAGAAGCUUAUGAAGUAUUGAGUGAUCCUAAAAAGAGAGAAAUAUAUGAUCAGUUUGGGGAGGAAGGGUUGAAAGGAGGAGCAGGAGGUACUGAUGGACAAGGAGGUACCUUCCGGUACACCUUUCAUGGUGAUCCUCAUGCUACAUUUGCUGCAUUUUUCGGAGGGUCCAACCCCUUUGAAAUUUUCUUCGGAAGACGAAUGGGUGGUGGUAGAGAUUCUGAAGAAAUGGAAAUAGAUGGUGAUCCUUUUAGUGCCUUUGGUUUCAGCAUGAAUGGAUAUCCAAGAGACAGGAAUUCUGUGGGGCCAUCCCGCCUCAAACAAGAUCCUCCAGUUAUUCAUGAACUUAGAGUAUCACUUGAAGAGAUAUAUAGUGGUUGUACCAAACGGAUGAAGAUUUCUCGAAAAAGGCUAAACGCUGAUGGAAGGAGUUACAGAUCUGAGGACAAAAUUCUUACCAUUGAGAUUAAAAAAGGGUGGAAAGAAGGCACCAAAAUUACUUUUCCAAGAGAAGGAGAUGAAACACCAAAUAGUAUUCCAGCAGACAUUGUUUUUAUCAUUAAAGACAAAGAUCAUCCAAAAUUUAAAAGGGAUGGAUCAAAUAUAAUUUAUACUGCUAAAAUUAGUUUACGAGAGGCAUUGUGUGGCUGCUCAAUUAACGUACCAACACUGGAUGGAAGAAACAUACCUAUGUCAGUAAAUGAUAUUGUGAAACCCGGAAUGAGAAGAAGAAUUAUCGGAUAUGGGCUGCCAUUUCCAAAAAAUCCUGACCAACGUGGUGACCUUCUAAUAGAAUUUGAGGUGUCCUUCCCAGAUACUAUAUCGUCUUCAUCCAAAGAAGUACUUAGGAAACAUCUUCCUGCCUCAUAGAAUGAAGAACUUUGUUACCCAUAUUUUGAUAAGGCACUGAAAAUAUAAAAGGACUGGCAGUUUACUGAUGUAGAUGUGAAUUCUGUAUAAAGAUGUGUAAAUUCUUUUGAGGGUUCAUUAAAUUGCAUGAAUAGAGACGGGUCAAAUAAAUAGGCAAAAGGGAUUUUUACAAUUAGAGAUAAAAGAGAAAACCAUUCACUAUAUUUUAUUUCAUUUCUCCUGAUUCAGAUAUUUUUAGUUAUUUGCUUAUAUGUAAAAGUUGUUUUUGUGGAGUCAGUAGAUAUAUUUCUAAUAAAGUGCUAGACUAUCCAAUUACUUAAUUUCUUAUACCUUUAGAUAAUCAGUAUGAAAAGUUCCCAUUUAUAAUGGAAAUGAAAAUGCUUAACUAAACUAUACAUGUAAUAUGUAUUUCUAGAAGAGAAUAAAAACCCAAGUCAGUUAUUAGAUUUAAAUCAUCUUCUGAAAUGCUGCUAUAGGGCUGGUAUCAGUAAAAGAAUAUCCUGAUGCAUAUGUUUUACCAUUUUGAUUUUUAAAGUAUGCUGUAGCAUUUCUUAAUAACAUCGUUGUGAUGUUCUUAAGGCAGAUCUUUCUUCAUAAAAAGGAAAGUAAUGGCAAUUUCUCUCCUGUGGAAAUCCCAAUUGCUUGAAUUACUGAUAUUUUAGAAAUAGACUUUUUAAAAUGCCAUAUGUAAUUUUAUGCAAGUUGACUGUAUAUCUUGUACUUAAUAAAUUAUAGGCUCAUUUUGUUCUCUGCUAGUUUAAAGUAAUUUGUUUAAUAAUAGGUAUGUUUUUAGAGGAAAUGCUGUUACUUGGAAUUAAUUUUCCAGUUAUACAGUCUUCUAUAACUUACAAUAAUAUGCUAUAUGUACUUUAUGUAAUUUCCCUAAAAAGAAUGAACUACCACUACACUAUGGUGUUAAACCAAAAUAUAGGGAAAAUAAACACUAACUGCUGCUUAUGGAUAAUGUUGCAACUACUUGUUAUGCAUAUAAAUAUUUUACUUUUUCAUAUGUAUAGAUUGCAUUUCUUAGGUGUUUUAAUUUUUUAAAUAUAUUUACGUUUAAAAAAUUUAGUUUUGUUUUCUGUUUUAUAACUAUAGUGAGAAUGGUGUUUUGAAACAAAGUUUUUGGUUAUAAAAUAGUUUUCAGGAUUAUAUAUAUAUAUAUAUACUGGGUCCUAUCACCUUUUAGUAGAAUAUGAAAUAUUCUUUUAGAAAUCCAAUAUAAAUAGGUUAUAAUAGCCAUAUUCUUUAUUACUUUAUUGAGAUAUAAUUUACAUGCCAUAAAGUUUACCCUUAAAAUAUACAAUUCAGUGGUUUUUAGUAAUAUUCACAAAGUGGUACAAUCAUCAUCACUUUCUAAUUCCAGAAUAUUUUCAUCACCCCAAAAAGAAAUCCUAAAUCCAUUAGCAGUUACUUCCCAUUCUUCCCUUCCUCCAGCCCCUGAAAACACUACCAUCUACUUUUCGUCUGUAUGGAUUUGUCUGUUCUGGACAUUUCACAUAAACAGACUCAAACAA